AUGUCCACUCCAGAUGUCAAAUCCAUCAAGUACGACGAGAAGCCUCCAGCAGGCUCUGCUGAUCCUAGAAACUCUCUAGAGAACGGAGUUGGAGAAAUCAUACAUACUGUCAAUGCUUCAGGGCAUCGAGAUCAGUUACAACGCCAUUAUGGACCUCUACAAAUCUGUGGCCUAGCCCUGAACAUCGACUCCGCCUGGGUAGCCUUCGCUGGUUCAUUGGUUCUCUCUCUUCCGAACGGUGGUCCCGCUGGUGUCAUCUACGAGCUGAUCACUGCAUGUAUCUAUUAUGGUAUCAUCGCAGCAUCCAUUGCUGAGCUGGCCUCAGCUGUACCCACUGCUGGCGGUGUAUAUCACUGGGCAUCUGUCACGGCAGGCCCGAAAUGGGGAAGAAGUGUUGGCUUCUUUGCUGGGUUCCUCAACUUUGCCGGAUGGAUCUUCGAUCUUUGUUCCAUCAUCGCGAUCCCGUCGAAUUGUCUCCUCCAGAUGUACUCGCUCUUCCAUCCAGAUUUCGUGCUUGAAACCUGGCAUACCUAUUUGACAUACGUGUUGAUCACAUGGUUCUGUGUCCUAUUCUGUAUUUUCGGCAACCGCUUCUUGCCACUUUUGCAGAAUGUCGGAUUAUUCUUGCUUAUCGUUGGUGGUAUUGUUACAAUCAUCGUCCUAGCAGCAACGCCAAACACGCACGCCAGCAACUCAUUCGUAUGGUCUGACUGGCAAAAUACCACGGGCUGGGGUGGUGGAGUGGCCUUCUUGACUGGCGUCUUGAAUGGAUCAUUUACCAUCGCUACCGUCGACAGCGUAUCGCAUAUGGCAGAAGAACUUCCUAAUCCACAACGCGACAUUCCUCGGGCAAUAUUUGCUCAGGUGUCCCUGGGAGCUAUCACCGCAUUUCUAUACGCCGUCGCGCUCUUCUAUGCUGUCAGUGAUUUGGAUGAAGUUAUCAACACUUCCGGCUCCUUCCCUGCAGCCAUAAUCUAUCGCCAGGCAACAGGAAACACUGGUGGAGCGUUCUGCCUCAUGCUUAUCGUCUUCUUUAUCAUCAUGAUCUGUGCCAUAUCGACUCUGCUAUCACUCGGCCGGACUUGGUGGGCACUUGCUCGCGAUGAAGCCACACCUUUUGCCCACUUUUUCUCCUCGGUCAACGAGCAGCUCUCCUGUCCAAUCCCUGCCACCAUUCUUGUGGGUGUGUUGGUUACAGGACUAGGUGCCAUUAUCCUCGCAUCCGGGACCGCCUUCAACGAUCUUGUUGGCUCAUUCAUCGUCCUAUGCGCUUUCAGUUAUUUCCUGGCUAUAUUCCCUCACUUGAUUAGUGGCCGCAAAUAUACCCCAAAGGGCGACUUCUGGAUGGGCAAAUGGGGCUUCGCAAUCAAUGCCCUUGGGUGCGUGUUGAUCUUCUUCUUCAACAUCAUGUUCUGCUUCCCUUAUGCUAUGCCAGUAUCGCCUGAUCUGAUGAACUAUAACUCGGUGAUCUUGGUUGGCGUUUUGAUCAUUGUCACGUUUUGGUGGCUUGUAUACGGGCUGAAGAAUUACCCUACUCCAAAGGUGCUUACCGAAGCUCUGAAGUAG